AUGUUCCCCACGGUCUACUACGACCCCUUCCAGCGCAGACGCAGACCGGACGAAACCAAUGUCGAGCCUGCCCCUGCCGGAGUACCUAUCCCGCAAGAACUCGAGGACCGUUGCCAUGUCAUCGAUCGAUUGUGGCCGGCUUUGAUGGCUGGUCAAUUCACGGAGCAGCAGCUGCAGACGACCACGGAUAGUGGUGAUGAGGAUAAGCUUGAGUGGGAUUGGGUUGAUGAUGGCUGGUCUAAUACUGGUGCCGAGUGA